GCCUCGCCAGUGUCUUGUGUCGUCCCAUGCUUGUUGCCUCUGUGUCUGUUACCCCUCAUUAUCAUUUUUCUACGAUUCACAUCGACAAUUAACUAAUUAUAACUUAAACUUGUGAUUCAAAUAACGCGAAGCAAGGAUAAUGUGUGUAAUUAUUUAAUUGCAAAAUGAUUCGGUGCUCAACCCUCUGGAACCGCAGAUUACUCAUGCAGGAUUAGCUUUCGCUUUACCUUAAUGGUCGUCCAGUGAAUCAUUUGUGAAAUGUCCACGAGCGAUGCCAUUAGGCAGUAUGGUCACGAGCUCUCGCGUCGUGACGGACUCACUCGGCGCCGAGCCUCCGACCGCCGCGAGCUGAUCCCCGCGUAGACCCCUCCGCCCCGCCCCCGCCCCCGCCUCGCCCCCGCGCGCCUGCUCCGGGGGGAUGGACAGUUGCCUGGAGCUCCUCAUGCUGUGGCUCUCGGUCUUCGUCGACACGGUCCUCGGGAAGAAGGCGCGGCGCAAGGAGCGCGACGGCGACGCGCCCGGGGACCCCAAGCUGUACCUGCAGGAGGCGCUGCUGGAGCGCAAGCUGCCCGAGCUGGACCUGCGCCAGCUGGUCGACCUGCCGCAGGGGCUCGACUACAACGAGUGGCUCGCCUCGCACACUCUGGCGCUAUUCGACCACGUGAACCUCCUCUACGGCACGGUGUCGGAGUUCUGCACGGCGGCGUCCUGCCCGGACAUGACGGGGCCGGGCGCGCGCACGUACGCGUGGUACGACGAGCGCGGCAAGAAGUGCCGCGUGGCCGCGCCGCAGUACGUGGACUACGUCAUGACCUACACGCAGAACACGGUCAAUGACGAGACCGUGUUCCCUACUAAAUACGCGAACGAGUUCCCAUCAGUGUUCGGCGCGACGGUGCGGCGCGUGGUGCGUCUUCUGUUCCACGUGGUGGCUCAUCUCUACGCGGCGCACUUCCGCCAGCUGGCGCUGCUGCGGCUGCACGCGCACCUGCACCUCACCUUCGCGCACCUCACCGCGCUCGACCGCCGCUUCCAGCUGCUCGACGCCAAGGAGACUGACGUUCUCCGUGAUCUCGAAGUGGCUCUCCGGCUGACGGAGGGCUCUGCCCCCGCCGCGCCCGCCGCCGCGCACGGCCCGCGCACGCCCGCGUUGAACAGCACCACCAGCGCCGGCUUCAGCGCGUCGCCCGCUGCCUCCGCCGCGCCCAGCGCCGCCGCCGCCGCCACGCGCAGCGCCGCCCUGCGACAGACAUGUAGCUAGUUAACGAGUUGAUGCACGCCACAAAGCGACACGUAGGUACUUAACGCCUCGAUAGUUGACACGUGUAAACGUUCUGUAAUUUAAUAAAUUGUUAACUCUAUUGUAAAUAUUUCAAUCUGUUAAGUAGUUUUAGGUGAUUACGAUUAGUUUUUAACUAUUAUUUGUGAUUGCUUUGGUUGUAAAUAAAAGUGAUAUUUGUUUAACUAAUAAAAUGAAAAGCCUUAUGAACUUUA